GAAACGUCAACAUAACUUGUUUGGAGAAGUGUGCUAUGCGAUUUUCUAAGGAGAUUCAUUGUGUUCAAAGUUAGCGAAAACGAAACAUUUGUUGUGCUGUAAUUAUACACUUUGUGCAAGCUUUCGUUUUAACUACUGACGGCAAAGUACGGCGGUGCCAUUCGGAAACCUAAAAGAAGGGAUGCUAAACACUCGCCUGAAUAAUGCAGCUGCACUAGUCAAUCGUGAAAUGCCACGUAAUGUUGCCGGCGAUUGAGAUAAUUUUAGCGUGUUUAGCAAACCAAUUCGGCUGCCGUGAGCUACUGGAUUAGCCCGUACAAAAACAAGCCUUUGGCCAAAAUACAUGGUAGCGGAUAACGCAACGGUAAAUGUCACUCACUAUGCACUUAUUUGUUAGACCGAAUUAAUCCACAUUGGGUAAGCCGUCGUAGUCCAACGUCCGUGCAUCCGUAAACAAUGUUCAAGCAUCGGCUCGGUAGAAUCAGGAUAUUCAGCAUAUUGGCAUUAUUAUUUUACGCUGUUAACGCGUCGACGGGGAGUAGUGCACACAAUGUAAUCUAUGCGAUCAAUGCUGGCGGCGAUGAAGUUACUGAUUCGAACGGAAUACACUAUUCUCGUGAUCCGUUGAAGGGGAAGGUUGGAACAGAGUCGGACUACGGAAGACAGCUACUAUCAAUCAAUAGAGUCAGCAAGCAGGACGAAAUUCUGUAUCAAACUGAGCGCUAUCAUCACGAUACCUUCGCCUACGACCUGCCUGUCUCGGGUGAUGGUCAGUACGUGCUCAUACUUAAAUUCUGCGAAGUGUAUUUCAAUGGCCCAAACAUGAAGGUGUUCGAUGUGCUUCUGGAUCAUCAUCUAAUCAUAUCGGACUUGGAUAUAUAUUCGCUGGUGGGCAAGGGUACGGCGCACGACGAGCUUGUCUUCUUUUCCGUAUCUCGGGGCCGGUUGUAUUUGAAAGACAAACAGUCGGAAAUCCGGGGAAGUAAACUAAAGUUGGAGUUCGUGAAGGGUUACAAAGACAACCCGAAGAUUAAUGCAAUUCUACUGAUUAAGGAUUACGAUGCAUCCCUUCUACCCCGCUUGCCGCCUCUGGCGAAUCAACAUCAAACAGCAGGAGCUACAAAUAUGGACAAUAGCAUCGAACAACUCCAUCCCCAUUCCGAUUUCCUAUCUGACGAUGAUGGUCAUAUGCUGGAAGGAGGGGAGGAUAACAUAAUGGACGACUUUUUUAGCACAUCCACAGAGGAUACAGCAAAAACCUCGUCAAAGCAGCGAAAAACAAGCGGACCAAAGCAACCGAAUCCGUAUUCGCUGGACGAUUCGUCCAUAAUGUUACCUGUGUUCAUUGCUAUCGGUGCUUUUAUACCUUUGUUAUUUUGCUUGUGUAGGCUGUGAUUUGUUAGGUUGUAAAUGGGGACAGACUUUUGUUCCUACGUUUUCUUUAAAGUUUCUGUGUGGUAUUUUAUUUUAUUUUAUUUUUUUUCGGUUCCUCAACCUUGGUACUUACUGCAAUACGUUAGGCAAAGCAGUUGAAUAGCUUUAAAAGGGUAAAUUAAACGUUUAGUUAUUAACAAAUUUCGUGCGGUUUAGGGGGAUUGUUUAAAAGGUCGUAAAUUGUCAUGCAAAGCGCAUGUAAGGUUCACUAUGAUAGCACAAACUUAAGUAAAGACACUCUCCAAUACAUUAAAAA